UAUAACAGUAGAAAAAUCAAAAUAUAUCUAAGACUGUUCUUAAGUGAUAUUUAUAAAUACAUAUCAUCGCAACAAACAAGAGUUUAUAUACCUUUAUAAAAAAAAGCAUAUUUUAAAGGGUUUGUACGACUAUAAAAAAUCGUUUUUUCGGUUAAUCGUCUUAAAACCUCGUAAAAAAAAAGAAAACCUCAGCAUGGAUGGCAUGAAAUCACCAAUGCGAUCUCCAAUUCCUUCACCUUCUUUGUCUCCUGCCAGAUCACCAGCACGAUCACCAAACCGUUCACCUAGUAAAUCCCCUAACAUAUCACCUGGACGUUCUCCGAGCAGGGCGUCUUCAAAUUAUGGUUCACCACCGCAUGCCAGACACAGGUCAGCCUCCAUACCAGUCACGCCUGAAGCAUUGAAAGGAGUUAGAAAUCGUUUUCUCAACGCACCAGGUGGAUUAUAUCCCCUCGGUGAGGGCCAUAAGGAUAAUACUAACUUGCUGAAGGUUGAAACCGACUCCAGAGAUCGUUUGCCAAGAAGUGCGCCAGAGCUUACAGUUGAUGAAGCAAGUCCUGGUUCCAUCAGUCCUUGGAAUGAUGAUCCCAGUGAGUAUUCAAACUCUCUGGCGUAUACAGUGCACCGACCACAAGCAGAAGUUCUCUCGAGGAGGUUUUCCGAAACGCUGACGGUAUCGAAUGAGCACUCUUACAGAAGACGGCGAAGAAAAUCCUUGAGUCCACAUCAUAGUAGAUCUCUGUCUUUCAGGGCUCUCAAAAAGAAUAGAAUGGAUACUUGGGAUGAUUUUAGACCUAGAGGCAAUAGUGUACCCUGUGCUGAUCCUCUGCCACCAAGAAGUCGUAGAACUUCUCAUCAAUAUGUAAGGCGGGACCGAAGUGUGAGUCCUCGGCCAAGUUUGCCACUUGAAAUGGACGAUGAUAAGUACUACAUGUUGAGACAAUUUUGCAUAACUUCCAAAGGCGAUGUCGUCAAUAAGGGGGAUCUGUACAGAGAACGUUCCAGAAGCAAUAACAGUGUCGCUUCCACUGGUUCCAAUGUUACUGGUGGUACUGGUUGUGCAUCUUCAGCUACAUCGUGCUCAUCUGGUCAACCAAGCACAGUUCUACCAAAAAAAGUUGUUAUGAUGGGCACUGUUGGAGUCGGAAAAACUUCUUUGGUUACACAGUUUAUGUCAUCAGAAUACAUGAAUGCAUAUGAUUCGUCGUUGGAGGAGGAUACCGAGAAGAAUGUGUCCUUGAUGUUGGAUGGGGAUGAGCAUGAGAUAAGCUUCAUCGAUCCUCCCACUAUGCCGGACACCCCCGGCGAGGACCAAAUGGAAGCGGACGCCUACAUCGUAGUGUAUUCCAUCACAGAUCGAAGCUCAUUUGAAAAAGCAGUCGAUAUCUUAUUCAAGCUCCGGGAGAGGGGCUGCACCAUGAACAAAGCCGUCAUACUGGUUGGCAACAAAUCGGAUCUCGUGAGAUCAAGAGCCAUCACAGCGGAUGAAGCUAAGUCUGUUGCCUGUACGUACGAAUGUAAGUUUAUUGAGACCUCAGCAGCCAUCAACCACCAAGUUGACGAGUUGCUGGUCGGCAUCGUCACACAAAUCCGCCUCAAAGCACAGCAGCAGCUGGAUAUGGCUACCUUCGGCCACCCCCCAAAGGAAGGCCGGAGCCUACAGAAAAGGAUGUCCCUAGGCGGGUCUGGACGAAAAGCCAGAGGAAUUCUCAACAAACUUCUGGGGAAGGGAAAGAUCAAGUCACAAUCUUGUGGGAAUCUUCACGUGCUAUGAUUUUUCUCACAGGCCUGAAGAAUUAAUGAUAUUUGAAUGUCUGGCUGAGUUAUUCAUUUUAGCUAUGUGCAAAUGUUGGUGUCCGUGUUACUGUCAUUCUUUACUUAUGAAAAAUUAUUUUUAUUUAUGAGGUUUUUAUGUACAAAAUUGUAAAAAAUAUACACGGAAGACAUAGGGUUAAGAUUCAAAAUUUUGUUUACUUGAAUCAAAUAUAACUAACCAUAUUCCUGAAAAGAUACAGAGCAAGAUUGUAAGAUUCUUUUUAUAUGAAUUUUGAUUACUACAUGGACACUAGGUUUU